AGAGGGGGGCGCAACAGGGGGUUACCCUUUCGGGACGCGUCGCGUGAGCGCCCUUGCUCCCUCUGCUUGCCGUGGCCUCGAGUGUGCUGCUGGCGCCGUCACUCCACCAUCCACUGCUCCCUCCAGCAUGACCGACUUUGUUGCCACUCGCACGCACGACUUCCUGCCGCAGCUCAACCGCCUGGCCGAGCUCUCCGUCGCCGAGCCCGCUGAGCCCGCUCCAGGCAGCGAGGUGCCCGCAGGCGCGACCGAUCGCCACCUCGCCCUGAUCUGGGCCGACCCCAGCUCGCACACCUCGCUCAACCACAACAACGUUCUCCGCAUUCUCAACUCGCUGCGCAAGGCCGUGCCGACCCUGCCGCUGCACGGCCUGCGCCCCGAGGCCUUCAUGCGCGCCGUGGCCGAGCUUGCGAGCCGCACCGACGACUGUCCUGCGCUCUCGGCGCGCUACGCCACCAAGGACGAGGCACAGACUCUUGUGAAGGACAUGUGCCUGGUCAUCGAGCUGCUGGAGCCUGCUGUCCUCACAAGCUUCGUCCGCCAGGCCAUCCGCGACGCGGACGAGGCUGCCGAGGACGCGCCGCCAAGCCGCUUCGCCUCGCUGUUCGAAGCCGCAGAGGCCUUGGCGGCCAACCUGCGCGGGCAGCGCCCUGCCACCGAUCGCAGCGCGCUCUACUGUGCUGCAGCGGGCCUGCUGUUCGCGCAGAUGCUCGGCCCGGCGGUCGUCGCCGAGGCCAGCGCGGCCAAGGGCGCCGUCGUCGGCGAGGAGCACAAGUUCUCGGGCAAAGGGUCGGACGUCGUCCUUGACGAGGCGGUGCCCAGCGCCAUCGACACGCCCAGCAGCGCGCCCUGGACGGUCGUGGUCGUGUGGGGCAAGAUCGUGCAGGAGAUCGACAAGAAGGCGCGUGGGGCGCCCGACGACGUGUUCGAGGAGGACGCCGCGCCGGAUUGGCGCAAGCCGUAUGCUCCGCUCGACGCCGGCGACGAGACGGAGCCAAGCGAGCUUGUGGAGCAGAUGUGCCAGGGCAUCGAGGCCGCUCUCAAGCUCAAGAAGGCACCGGUGCUCACUCGCAACUCCACGCUGUCCGAGCGCGUUGCUGUCUUUAUCUUUCCCGACGCGCAGCUCAAGGGAGGGCUCGGCUUCGACCGCGAGCUGCUCGAGGCCGCGAGAAAGGCGCUUGGCAGGGGCACGAAGGGAGUCGAGAACGCUCGCAGCCCCGACGGCCCCUUCUUCCAGCUUCUGCUGCACGGUCUCUUCGCCGGUCUGCGCGCCGUGCCGUCGUUUGCCAGUGUGCACGCCGCCGUGGAGGAGCACGUGCCGGCCUAUGCUCGCACGGACCCUGCAAAGCUCUUCAAGGGCAUCAAGAAGAGCGUCGCGGGCGAGAAGCUCACGCCGGUCGAAGACGCACGCGCGCGCCGCUCCGCCAACAACGUGCACCGGCUGUAUUGUGCGCUCAACGGCGACGAGGCUUCGGACGCCGAGGACAGCGACGAGGACGAGGCCGAGGAGAUUCCCGUCGACGAGGGCGAGACGUCGGAGACGGUCGAGGUCAUGUUCCUGCGCGUGCAAGAGCUGCUCGGCGGCUCGCUCACGCCGGCGGCCGAGGAGGCGCUGCGCGAGGAGGCGACGCUGGCGUGGCGCCUCGAGGCGCCUGGCUUUGAGUCGAGCUACGAGGAGGCCAAGAAAGCGCUCAAGGACAAUCCGGCCAGUACGACUUGGCCCACGCCGGCCGACCAGGCUCAGCUGCGUGAGGCGCUCGCAGCGAUCACGAGCCUCAACAAGGACAAGCGCGUGCGGGAGCUGCUGGUCACACACGGUCGCGCACGCGUUCUGGCCAAUGCGGAGCGCCGCACGCGGGAGCACAACGAGAAGAUCUGGGUGACGAUGGAGAGGGAGCUUGUCGACUUUGAGCACGAAUGCGCCGCAGUCGUCGCCACGAGGCGCAAGCAAAUUGUCAUUCUACGGCAGAAACGAGACGUUGCCGCGCAGGAGGACGCCAACGAUGAUGCGCCAGCCUCGCCGCUGCCGCCGCCGCCGCCCAAGGCCGUGUCGUCGCGCCCGAAGCGGCGCUUUGCCUCGCCGCCCACGAACGGUUCUCGACGCGCCGUCUCGCGCUCGGCGCGCAAGGGCAAGCAGAGCACACACGCAGCCCAAGCGUCACCUGACACGUCGAAACCCCAAGUCCAAGACCAGGUGGACCGCUCGAAGUCGGACCGCCGCCCAGCAACACCUGCCAAGCCGCAGGCGGGCGCAGACGUCGGCCACAGCGUCCCGGACGUGUCGCCCGGCGAGCCGUUUGUCAGCAAGCGCGACCACCGGCGGCGCAUGUCAUCGCUCGAAUUCGGCUAUCAUCCGUGCGACUGUUUCGAUGAGUACGAGCUGGGGGUUCGGCUCCUUGCCGACACCACGCUCUGCGAGCGCAACGCUCGUGCGGCGAGAGUCAAGCAAGAUCGCGGCGUCGAGACCGUGGCCGACGGCUGUUGUCUGCCCUGGAGCACGCUGGGUGGCGCAGUCAUCAGGGCGCCGCCAGACGGAUACUGCGGCUAUGCUGCUGUCUCGCGCGUGAGCUCCGGCGGCAUUCAGCUCGACGACGGACGCGCAUAUCGACGCCGUCUGCACUCCGCACUUCGAGCCGAGCCAGAGCGUUUUGCGCUCUGCUUCACUCCAGAACGGCAGGCCGGCGGUGUUCACCACGCGCUGCAGCGCACGUGUCCGGACCACCCGGAACCGGGCACCAAUUACUUCUGGUACGACAACGCGAUCCUCAGCCCGAUUGUCGCCGAGCUGGAAAGUGCGCCUCUCCUCGUGUGCUUCUUAGGCGACAUGCGUCAUGUGGGCGCCGAGUCCUCGCCGCGACCCGACGAGCUGAUCCGGGGCACGCUGUACUUGCCUGUCACCGCGUGCGCAACUCUCGCACCGCGCGCAAUUCUUGCCUCUUCUGCGCAUUUCGAUGCCUUUGACCUGCUCCUCGACAUCUCGCAGCUGGGCCGUCCGACGAUACUGUGGACUCAAGUCGCAUCGGCCAUGGGGAGCGAGGCUUGGCAGAAGUCGAGGAAUCGAGUCGACCUGCCUCCAGGACUCGCGCUGCUGGAUGACGCAGCCGGUGGGCGCGAGGACGACGGUGAAAGACGCGCAAGCACGAAGCAGAGUACGGCGGCUGACACCCGGCGCGCAGACAUGGUGCUAGAAGCAGAUGACCUCCUCACCGACGACGAGUCCAUGGAGAGCGAUGCAGAGUCGCCCAGCCUGCCGGACGACCAGGCCAGUGCCGAUCGCAACGCUUCUGAGCACGAGAAAAGCGGCGCUCACGAAAUGGGAUCGAGCUUGGGUCUCACGGACAUGAACGCCGCCGAUGGCAGCCCCGAAAAGAAGAUGUUGAUUGUGCGUCUCCGCCGAGCUCGUGUCUCGGGAAGCGACUACGAGAGCAGCGGCACAGCGGGCGACACCUCGCACGACAGCAACCAGAGCAAGCGCUCCGACGUGACUGCCGCGUCUGGUGACGACGGUCUGCGCAGUCCUGCAAAAGUUCUGGCAGCCCUGCAACUCAGCGACAACGCCAACUUGCCGCCGUCUCGCAGUUCGCCCAAGAGAGGACCUUCCACGCUGCCUCACGACGAACAGCCGCCGCUGCGCAUCUCGCGCACCGACGGCCGCGGCCGAGGUCGCUCGAGCGGCGAUAGCUCGCCGCAGCUGCGUCGCAGCCCGCGCAUCAGUCGAUCGGGCAUGGACGACGGCACGCAGACAACGAGAGAGGGAGCAUGAGAUGGAGGCGGGAAGAUAGGCAAGGCGCUUGCGUGCGUCGACCGCAUCCUUUGUGCCCGAUACAGAGGAAAGCGCACAAGAGCUGUCGGCCGACAAGGCCGGCGA